CAGAAAUGGAGGGACGCCUGUUACUGUUUCUGCAUUUAAUACAGGCUAGUCUUUUCCCUACCUGUCAGUCAAUUACACCCACGGAAUAUGAGAAUAAAGUUGAUCAAACACUAAACCAGGUCAUGUCCUGUGCUUCAUGGAUCCCUGGAUUGACUGUUGCUGUUGUGAAGGAUCUCAAAACUCUAUAUACCAGAGGAUAUGGCGAGACCAUGGUCAACUCAAACAUUCCUGUUACUGACCAAACUCUUUUUCAAAUCGGUUCCAUUUCAAAAUCUUUCGCUGCUUUGCUUCUUGUAAAGCAAAUGGAGGAAGCUAAUCUGGGCCUACUAGUAUCUACUAAAGUCAAAGACAUGAUGGACGAAGGAUUCUUUUUUGUUGAUGCUGAACGAACACAAGAGGCCACCGUUGUAGACAUUUUAGCUCAUAGAAUGGGAGUUCCCGACCACACGAAUCUUAGACUAGACCAGAACCUCACCAGAGCAAACUUACACCAACGUUUCAAACAGAUGACAGCUGUAAAGAACUUCAGAAAGUCCUUCCUUUAUUCAAACAUGAUGUAUGGAUUUGCAACUUACCUUCCUGAGAAAAUGUCCAACGGCAACUCUUGGGAAAAUCUGGUGACAUCAGAAAUUUUUCUACCUCUUAAUAUGACAUCUUCCACGUUCAUAACCACAAUACCGGAUCUCUCAAACGCAGCACGCGGGUACGAUAAAGGACCAACGUCUAAACCAAAUGCUUUAGUGCCCAUUCCGUUAGACUUCAGCAAAAAAUGGGGUCUUUGGGCAGGUUCGGGCUCUAUCAUGUCAAAUGCAGUGGAUAUGGCGGAGUACAUGAAUUUUCAUUUAAGUAACAAAGACAAGAACGGCAAUCUGUUUAUGUCCACAAUGUCGUUUGAUGCAUUACACCAGGAGCAUAGAAAAUUGUACUCAACAACUGUUAACACUUACUUUGGGAAUAGAGAGGUUCCGACAACUGAAAAUGGUUAUGGACUCGGUUGGAAACGAGGAACAUACAGAGGGAACGAUAUUCUCCUUCAUUCUGGUAGUACCUUUGGAUACAGGUCUUUCAUCACACUUUUCCCAAAUCAAAAUAUAGGGGUUUUCACUUCUAUGAACGGUGAAGACGACAACUAUAUUUUGCGUGUACUGAUGCACAAUUUCCUGUCUGACGUUGCUCUUGAGGUAACGCCAUGGCUUGACGCGUCAUCAAUAUGUGCAGAACUAACGAAGCCAAAAUAUGUGGGUUACUCCAAUACAAAUAAUCCGAGCAGGUUUAUUGGGGAGUAUGUUGGCACCUACCAUAAUCCAAUAUACGGCUGUCUCUCCGUUACAAUGGAUCUCAACAACGAACACUUGGUACUAAAAUAUGGAGUGGCAACUUGGGAUCUUUGGACGAAGUCGGGGAAGGACAAAUUCAAAGCCGAGGGCACUGGGGAUAUAACAUACCUGAAAAACAUGUAUUACAUUACGUUCAUUACCAACAAUUUAGACGAAAUUGUUUCCAUUGAAAUUGACAGCUUAUGUAAAACAUGUGGAGAAAACCCGCCUGUAUUUAUGAAAAUAUGAUCUGCUUUUCUAUGAUCUUUCUCUUUUCUCUCCAAGAUCACUGUGAAAUUUAUAUCUAUUCAAAUGAAUGUAGAUUUUCAUGUCUAACCUGUUUAUGUAUCUCUACCUAUAGAUAUGAGGGAUAUAACUUUGGCAAAAAAUAAAUGCCAUGGUU